AUGCAAAAACACUUGAAAAGAAACAUUACGGCAGAGAACCACUUAAAAUCUGUAGACAGUGACAACACAUACACUUAUCAAUGGGGCGGUUACACCACCACUGACUUUGCCGUGGACGAGUACGGACUGUGGUUAGUGUACGGAAACAGGAGUAACAACUGUUACCUGGUCAUCGCCAAGAUCAACCCAGACACUCUCAACGUGGAGCAUUCGUGGGCAACGACCAUUCGCAGUGGAAGCGUGGGCAACACUUUCAUGAAAUGUGGCGUGCUUUACGCCACGAAUUCUUACAGUGAAACAUCCACGUACAUCCGCUAUACCUAUGACACCAAUACUGGAAAACAAAAGUCACUUCCUCUGAACAGGAUCCCGUUCAACCAACCUGGUACAUACAAUACCAUGUUAGAUUACAAUCCCCAUGAUGGUCUUCUGUAUUAUGCUGAUGACUAUCAGGGAUAUCUUGCCACGUUCCCAAUUGUUAAAUCAGUGUAGCAAGAUCACGUAUUCA